CGCCUGGCUGAGGAGCGGCGCCAGUGSGGUGGGCUCUGCCAGCGGGUGGCACGAGGGCAGCGAGUUCGAGUCCCGCCUCCGCGAGUCUGAGCCGGCGGCCCCUUCUCCGUGUGCCGUACUCCGCUCUGGGGCGAGGGGAGGUCCGAGUGGUCCUUUGGUUUCCUCUUCUUCCUCCGUUUCCUCUUGGCGCGGAGGCCGCGGCUUUCUCUGUGGGGCGCUAGCCCGCGGGGACAGAGUUUGCCAGGAGUUUGUGCUGAGUUCGGGCCCCGGCCCCCCACCCCGCCGCCGCCAUGCCCGUCUUCCACACGCGCACCAUCGAGAGCAUCCUGGAGCCGGUGGCCCAGCAGAUCUCCCAUCUGGUCAUCAUGCACGAGGAGGGGGAGGUGGACGGAAAGGCUAUCCCGGACCUCACCGCCCCCGUGUCGGCCGUGCAGGCCGCUGUCAGCAACCUGGUGCGGGUUGGAAAAGAGACUGUGCAGACAACAGAAGACCAGAUCUUGAAAAGGGAUAUGCCACCAGCAUUUAUCAAAGUGGAGAAUGCCUGCACCAAACUUGUUCGGGCAGCCCAGAUGCUGCAAGCAGAUCCUUACUCAGUACCAGCUCGUGACUAUCUCAUUGACGGAUCGAGAGGAAUCCUUUCUGGAACAUCAGACUUGCUUCUGACAUUCGAUGAAGCAGAGGUCCGUAAAAUCAUCCGUGUCUGCAAAGGAAUAUUGGAAUAUCUGACUGUGGCRGAAGUGGUAGAGACAAUGGAGGAUUUGGUGACUUACACAAAGAAUUUAGGGCCAGGAAUGACAAAGAUGGCCAAAAUGAUUGACGAGAGACAACAGGAAUUAACUCAUCAGGAACAUAGGGUUAUGCUGGUAAACUCCAUGAAUACAGUGAAGGAGCUAUUGCCAGUACUUAUUUCAGCUAUGAAGAUUUUUGUAACCACAAAAAAUUCUAAAAGCCAAGGAAUAGAAGAGGCCUUGAAAAAUCGCAAUUUCACAGUAGAGAAAAUGAGUGCUGAGAUAAAUGAAAUAAUCCGUGUAUUGCAGCUCACUUCCUGGGAUGAAGAUGCCUGGGCAAGCAAGGACACUGAAGCCAUGAAGAGAGCUUUAGCCUUAAUAGAUUCAAAGAUGAAUCAGGCAAAAGGUUGGCUGAGAGAUCCAAAUGCACCUCCAGGGGAUGCUGGUGAGCAAGCCAUCAGGCAGAUCCUUGAUGAAGCUGGCAAAGCAGGGGAGCUGUGUGCAGGCAAAGAGCGCAGAGAGAUUCUGGGGACGUGCAAAACCCUGGGGCAGAUGACUGACCAGCUGGCUGAGCUCCGCGCCAGAGGACAGGGUGCCACACCCAUGGCUAUGCAGAAAGCCCAGCAGGUGUCCCAAGGUCUGGACUUGCUCACAGCCAAAGUGGAGAAUGCAGCCCGCAAACUGGAGGCCAUGACCAACUCUAAGCAGGCAAUUGCUAAGAAGAUUGAUGCUGCUCAGAAUUGGCUUGCGGAUCCUAAUGGGGGCAGUGAAGGAGAGGAGCACAUUCGGGGAAUUAUGGCUGAAGCAAGGAAAGUUGCAGAACUCUGUGAGGAGCCUAAAGAAAGAGAUGAUAUCCUUCGUUCCUUGGGGGAAAUCUCUGCUCUGACAGCCAAACUYUCAGAUCUGCGACGACAUGGGAAAGGUGACUCUCCUGAGGCCCGUGCUUUGGCUAAGCAAAUAGCUACAUCACUUCAGAAUUUACAGUCCAAAACAAACAGGGCUGUAGCAAAUACUCGGCCAGUUAAAGCAGCUGUGCAUUUGGAGGGCAAGAUYGAACAAGCUCAAAGGUGGAUAGACAAUCCUACAGUUGCUGAUCGGGGAGUAGGCCAGGCAGCCAUCCGGGGGCUGGUUGCYGAAGGCCGGCGUUUGGCCAACAUCAUGAUGGGCCCGUACCGGCAGGACCUGCUGGCCAAGUGUGACCGCGUGGACCAGCUCUCUGCUCAGCUGGCUGAGCUGGCUGCACGAGGGGAGGGCGAGUCCCCCCAGGCCAGGGCCAUCGCUGCUCAGCUCCAGGACUCGCUCAAGGAUCUUAAAACACGAAUGCAAGAGGCAAUGACCCAGGAAGUUUCUGAUGUUUUUAGUGACACCACAACUCCUAUUAAAUUGUUAGCAGUAGCAGCCACUGCUCCCUCUGAUGCUCCCAACAGAGAUGAGGUGUUUGAUGAGAGAGCAGCAAACUUUGAAAACCAUGCUGCUAGACUGGGAGCUACAGCAGAAAAAGCAGCUGCGGUGGGAACUGCAAAUAAAACUACUGUGGAGGGCAUUCAGGCAACCGUGAAAUCUGCAAGGGAACUCACCCCACAGGUAGUAUCAGCAGCUCGUAUCCUCCUGAGAAAUCCUGGAAAUCAAGCUGCUUAUGAACAUUUUGAGACCAUGAAAAACCAAUGGAUUGAUAAUGUAGAAAAAAUGACAGGGUUGGUGGAUGAAGCCAUUGAUACUAAAUCUCUGUUGGAUGCAUCAGAAGAGGCUAUAAAGAAGGACCUGGAUAAAUGUAAAGUUGCAAUGGCCAACAUGCAACCUCAGAUGUUGGUAGCUGGUGCCACCAGCAUUGCCAGACGAGCAAACCGCAUCCUGCUGGUCGCAAAACGGGAGGUGGAAAAUUCAGAAGACCCUAAAUUUCGGGAGGCUGUUAAAGCAGCCUCUGAUGAGCUGAGCAAAACCAUAUCCCCCAUGGUAAUGGAUGCUAAAGCUGUGGCAGGCAACAUUUCUGAUCCUGGUUUGCAGAAGAGUUUCUUGGAUUCUGGAUACAAAAUUCUGGGAGCUGUGGCCAAAGUCAGAGAAGCCUUCCAGCCUCAGGAACCAGAUUUUCCCCCUCCUCCUCCUGACCUUGAGCAUCUUCAUCUGACUGAUGAGCUUGCUCCUCCCAAACCACCRCUUCCAGAGGGUGAGGUUCCCCCACCCAGACCACCACCACCUGAAGAAAAGGAUGAAGAGUUCCCAGAGCAAAAGGCAGGAGAAGCAAUCAAUCAGCCCAUGAUGAUGGCUGCUAGGCAGUUGCAUGAUGAAGCCCGGAAAUGGUCUAGCAAGCCUGAUGUGACUGUCAUUAAUGAAGCGGCUGAGGCUGGUGUAGAUAUAGAUGAGGAGGAUGAUGCAGAUGUUGAAUUCACUCUCCCCUAUGACAUUGAAGAUGAUUACGAGCCUGAGCUGCUGUUAAUGCCAACCAAUCAGCCCGUUAACCAGCCCAUUCUGGCUGCUGCUCAGUCUCUACAUCGGGAAGCAACCAAGUGGUCUAGUAAGGGCAAUGACAUCAUCGCGGCGGCGAAGCGCAUGGCGCUGCUCAUGGCCGAGAUGUCGCGCCUGGUCCGAGGCGGCAGCGGCAACAAGCGCGCCCUCAUCCAGUGUGCCAAGGACAUCGCCAAGGCGUCCGACGAGGUCACCCGGCUCGCCAAGGAGGUGGCAAAGCAGUGCACGGACAAGCGCAUCAGGACAAACCUCCUGCAGGUCUGUGAGCGAAUCCCAACCAUCAGUACACAGCUGAAAAUUCUCUCCACUGUGAAAGCUACCAUGCUGGGCAGAACUAAUAUCAGUGAUGAAGAGUCAGAACAGGCAACAGAGAUGUUGGUUCAUAAUGCCCAGAAUCUCAUGCAGUCUGUGAAGGAAACUGUGAGAGAAGCUGAAGCAGCAUCCAUUAAGAUAAGGACAGAUGCUGGAUUCACUCUUCGCUGGGUCAGAAAGACCCCAUGGUAUCAGUAAAUACUUGCCACAUAAGUAUUGUUUUCUGUAACAUAAAAUGCCUUUUUUGUUAACAGAAGAGAGAUAUUAACAGCAAAAGGUGCUGUAUACAUGAGCUUAAGAUUAGCUGAUGCUAAUGCCCCAUUCUAAGGGUAUGAAUUAUAAGAGAAAGCAUUUCAAAUGUCUUUGGAACACAUUUGAUAUCAAACACCUCUAAUUUGCUGCCAACAGUAGACAGUUCUUUUUUAUUUUUUUUWMUUUCAAGGUUCUCUUAGUAAAUUCUGUACUUCCAGAAGCACAUUUCAUUUAUGCACUGUAUAUUCCAGUAGUUUCCAUGUGAUGAUAUAAAACAUGGACCUCACUUUAUGCUUGUCUUGAAAGUUUAGGACACUUGGUUACUUGGCAGUUUUUUAGGGACAAUCAUUAAUACAGAAUCGUUCARUUUUUCAACAGGAUUUUAACUAGCUGUUCGAAAACCAUGCAGAAAUGAUGGAAGGUGUGGGGUUUUUAAUUAAAAGGGGAAGGUGGGGCAGCAGAACAGUUGUAAACUGAGGAUUAAAACUCCAUGUCUGAAAUGCUAAUUUUUUUUGCUUUUGAUUCUUGCCUGGCAACAGUACUUUAACAGAAACUGGAGCUGUCUCUGUCACCCUCCUGUCACCCUGUAGGUAGGCAUUCCAGAACUCUCGUACUGUACUGAAAGAUUUUGCAGAGGAUGUUAGUGGCACGCUGUUGACAGCUCGARCCUUAUGGCUGGAGACCUUAAAUCAUGAAAGUCUUUCCUUGCUCAUUUCAGCAAUGUAYUGAGCUGAAAAAUCCUGGUUCUCUUAACCUAGCUGCAUGUCCAGGACCAGAAAAUGCCACAUGCUGGCUCUUUCUUUUUGAAAACCAAAUGAGCACAUGAAAUUAUUUCCCUCUUCCCUCCACCUAAUGUUAUUUCAGCCACUAAAGGCAGAAAUUAAAAUAUAUUCAGUUAAGGAAGACCUUUAGCCUCACUGCUCUUGUUUCCAACAAUGCAUAAGCUUUUUGAAACCUGAGCUCUGCAGGGACAUGAAAGCCUCUUUAGGUAGUCUGGUGGCCACCAGCGAAUGGUGGUUCCUAAUGCUGCACAUACCUCAUUGUUUUUAUUGCUUGUGGAGUUYGGAGCCUCAAAAUCUUUUUUUCWGGUUCUAGUAACAGUGAAUUCAAUAAUGUGUUACUGUAUUUUUAAAAACAAAAUCCCAAACAAAAUGGCAAAAAUAACACCCCCCCAAACUCCCUCCCCUUACUAAAAUAGACUUGUGAUGCUUUUAUCCUUCAUUUAAUUSCCCUAAAGAAAGGAAAACUUAUUUGGGAAUGAGUUUCUACAUUUGCAGGGAACACUUGCAGUUUUUUGCCCAAAUUAGCACUGACCUUGUAAUACCCUAUUAAUUUGCUGAUUUGCUGAGAAUUGUUGCACGAUCAAACCACYUUGAGUAGAAGUCCUUGUGGAAGAACUUCUCAGUCUUAACAGCACAAAGGAAGAGACACAGCACAGUCAGCUGUCCUCUACCUGCCUGCAGCAGUUCUACGCUUGGACCUUCUCCCCUCCACCCUCUUCAUUGCACUGUUAWCUAAAAAGGGAAGUUAAACUGUUGAUAAUACAACUGCCUCAAACUGACCUCAGCAGAGAWGGUGCAUGUUCGUCUUGAAUUUGCUCCUUGUGUCUGGGUAUUACAAAAUAUGUGGUACUUAGAAUCUUUCCUAGUACUCUCUUCCUGCAGUUACCUGCAACAGGGAGAGGAAGGAAGGGGUGCCAGAGCCUUAACCUGGAUGCAUUUGGUUGGUUUAUACCAGAUCUUUUAACAUAAUUUUAAUGUAGUAAUUUCUAUUUAAUAGUAAAUAACACUGAAUAGGUAGGGAUUAUUUUAAAGGGAUUUUCUAAWUAGUCUUCCUGUAUUGCUUUUCAAUGCUCCUCACAUCCCCUCAUCCUGCUCCCCCCAUCCAGGCUUCUCUGUGAGGUUUUUUUWAUUAUUAUUUUAGCAUCACUGUUUAGUUGCUUGAAUGAUAUUAAUGCAAUAUUACUAAUGCCUUUAACACAUAAUUGUUUAUGCCAAAGAUCACUUUCUGUUUAUUGAGGAAUGUUUGCAGGAGAGUUUAUGAAUCAUGGUUGCCUUUGAUAUUCUUCCAGAAUGUUUGCUCUAAGUUCUCGAACUGUUGAUAGAAGCMGAGACACUUGUCCACCUUAUGCAAUUACUGCAUUUUUGAACACUAYUGGUCUUUGGACCCAAAGUGCAGCAAAAAUUUGAACAAGACCAUGAAUGUCACUUAGAAAUGUUUUACCACUAUAAAACUUUGUUUAUAAACCAAAAUGUAUUGUAUAGUCUAACGUUUUCAACCUUUCUUUGGUUCUGUUAAAACAAUAAAAAUGCAUUUGUACAAAUGUCAGCUUCUGAGU